CGUUUCCUCAGAAUCUGAAGACAUGUCGGCGAAGAACACGAUUCCCUGCGGAUCGAGUCACUGAUCACAUACCAGGAUCCCUCCAUUGUGCAGACCCUCACACAUUGCAGGGCGAGGAGACUGUCCGCCUAGCCCCAUUUUUCUUCCGCCAUUCCGCGCGACACCACCUGACAUCUCCCACUCCACCCUCGAGCGCCUCAGUGCGUGCGCCUCCACACCAUGUCGGCCAAAGCGUCGGGCGCAGAACCCAACGGCGCGCCCAAUGGAUCUGCCAAAAGCCGCACUCACAACGAUGGGAGUGAAAGCCGCGCGUUCACUGUCGAGCAAAAAGCGGCGGUGAUACGGGUGAAGAAGUGCAAGCCCACUGCAUUCUACGACAUACUAGGGCUGGAAGAGGUCAAGGCGACGUGCUCGGAUGGCGAAAUCAAGAAGGCAUACCGAAAGUUGAGCUUGUUGACGCAUCCGGAUAAGAAUGGGUAUCAGGGCGCAGACGAGGCCUUCAAGAUGGUUAGCCGUGCUUUUCAAAUCCUCUCGGAUGCGGACAAGAAGGCGGCUUUCGAUCGCUACGGCACCGACCCCGAUUCGCGUUUCUCCGCUGCCUCCGCAUCUUCCCCCUUCUCUGGCUUUGCCUCCCGACGUGGAGGUGCACGAGCAGGUGGCCCCAUGUUCGAAGAGGAGAUAUCCCCCGAGGAUCUCUUCCGACAGUUCUUCGGUGGCGGCAUGGGCGGCGGCCCCUUUGGACCAUUUGGCGGCGGCAUGGGAGGAGGAUUCGGGGGCCCUGGCUUCAUGUUCAACAUGGGAGGGGGGCCGGGAAUCAGAGUACACCAAUUUGGAGGAGGGCAUCCUCGACGGCGACCGCACAAUCAUCAAGACGCACCCCGGAAUCAUUCCCCGCUGGAAGCCUUGCGGUCCUUACUGCCGCUCCUGCUCCUGUUCGUCAUCCCGCUUCUCUCUUCGUUCUUUGGCGGCGGCUCUUCUUCCUACACGGGGCCGACCUUGCGCUUCGACGCCGCGCUCCCACCACACACUCUCGGACGCACCUCGAACCGACUACACGUUCCCUACUGGGUAAAUCCCGCCGACGUCUCCGACUAUACAGAUCGAAAGUGGAAGGAUCUGGACAAGCUGGCGGAAGGGCAUUACGUGGGCACUUUGAACACAGAGUGCGAGAUCGAGCAGAACACCCGGACGCGACUGAUCAACGAGGCGCAUGGCUUCUUCUUUACGGAUCAGGCUAAGCUGGAUCAAGCGAGGAGGAUGGACAUGUCAAGCUGUAAGAAGCUGCAGGAGUUGACGGGGCAUCGCGUUUGGGCUUGAGAACGUUUUAGCGGGAGUUGGAUGGCUGUAGAGUACUUUUCGUUUGGCCUGAAUGAAACGACUUGUAUAUCCCACCCUCGUUGUAUUGCUUCUUACACAUCUCGUCCCGUAGAGCAGCGCGGACUGCUCGUGGUAGGACAUUGGAGGCAUGGAAUAUCUGCUUAGUAAUUG